AUGGAGGUCGGCGAGGUCGGCGAGGUCGGCGAGGUCGGCGAGGUCGGCGAGGUCGGCGAGGUCGGCGAGGUCGGCGAGGUCGGCGAGGUGGGAGAAAGCCAGGAGAAUCAUGAGUGCCGCGUGGACUGUGUGGAGCGUGCGGAGGGUGACGAGGGGGAGGCAACGCUGGUGGGGCAGAGGUGGAAGCCAAAGCCCGACACCAAAGUCCGUACCAGCAAGUUCAAGGUGCUGAACGAGCCUCACGCACCCGAAAUCCACUGCAACGAGAAGGAGUGGUCAGGUUGGGCCAGGUCCUACCCGCUGCGGUCUCCACCGGCAACCGAGGACCUGCGAGCUUGGAAGAGUCGAUGCGAGGAGCUCCUGGCUGUUCUGACCGAAGUUCCAGAGGCCGCGGUGGACGUGUGGGAUGAUCUGGACGUUGAAACGGAGGGAACGUGGUUGCCGACAGUGUCAUCUAUGAUCAGCGACGCCAUAACUCACCAGCUGCACGAAGAGGGCUUCACGGACGAGGACUGGAAGUUGGAUCAGCUAUGCUCGCGGGAACCGAACGCAAGGAAGAGGCGGAGAGUCAAGCAAAGCGAGGUGGCGAGCGAGGUGGCGAGCGAGGUGCCAGUUGACUCGAGGCCGCGCUUGUCACACGCUUUACUGGAGGAUGGAGAGUGUGAAGCGUGUGACAAAAGCAUCGCCGACGAUGCGCUCCUUGAGGCUGGCGAGAAGGAGGGGGCAGAGGACGGGGGUCUUCCAUCUCUGGAUGGAGCGCGGGAUCCAGAAGCCACCGAGGCGGAGCAAGGGCAGCAAACAGAGGAUGCAUCUGCCCAGGAGGGAAGGGAGACAAGCGAGACAAGGGAGACAAGGGAGCCUGAGGGCCAGGUGGUGGAAUUUGAGCCCAGAGAGGCGCAAGCAGAGAAGGUGCUUGCAGAAUCGAUGGAUGUGCUACAGCAGGAGGAUGCGAGUUGCCUUGAGAUGCGUGCAGCACUUGGCCUCCCAUCGUACGCCGACGUGGUGCGCAAACGUUGGGACCAGUGCCGGGCAGAAACUGCUGACAUCUUGGUUGACCCGGCACCGACAAAGGGCUGGCGACUGACGUCGGCCAAGGCUUGCCGCAUUCACCCGAAUUCAGUGCACGGAAGCCCACAUAAGCGUAUCCUGCACAGACUGCUGAAAGAGGCGAGUGGUUCGACGGAGCCACUUGGAAAAGAAGUAGAGCGGGAAUCCACAGCCCCACCUGAGAUCCCUCCCGAUAUGGCUUGCCUCGAGUCCGAAGUGAUCCUGACUGUUUCGGUCUAUAGCACAGAGGGGAACAAGGAGCAGGAGUACGACAUCCUGUCGACACAAAGCUUGGAAGAUCUGCGAGACGCCUUUUAUUUUGUGGAGGAUUGGAAGUAUGAUGGCCCUACACGCCUGGACUCUGCAUGCUUCUUCAUUGACGGUGUCUUCUACAGCGACCGUCGAUGGGAAUCCUCCGUCGAUUAUUCAAAAGAACUGAUUCCCUACAUCCAGCUCACAGGCUGCCAAGAAUUGAAGGAUACAUCCUCGCGGUCUAUGGCCACGCGGCUGUGCGAUCUAGACCGGAUUCCCUUUGGCGAGAAGUGCGCUUACAUCCACCAGGGUGACUGUGAGCAUGCAGUGUACUUCGCAGUGGCGCGCUUGCCAGCACGGAAUAGCGACUGCCCAUUGAGGGAGGCCUACCCCUUGCUGACCUUUAUGAGGGUCUUCAAGCGCAAUGUUUGUCAGGCGUGCAUCCAGAACCUUGCAUAUUGGGUGGUACAUGGCGCGGCGCGCUGUCCCCGGAAUCCCACCUACUUAUGCGCACACUGCUUCCGCCACUACUUCCAGGAUGCGGAAGGCAAUCUGAAGCAACCCGUGGACUACAAGGUCUUCCCCUACCUGCACAGCACCUGA